GCCGGGGCCGCCACGACGCCGAAGCCCAGAAGGCGGACCUCGGCCGCCUGCUGAGGACCCCCCUCCAGCGCGGGGCCCAGUGGUACCUGAUUGACAGUCGCUGGUUCAAACAAUGGAAGAAGUAUGUUGGCUAUGACAGUUGGGAUAUGUACAACGUGGGUGAACAAAACUUGUACCCUGGGCCCAUUGAUAAUUCUGGACUGUUUUCAGAUCCGGAAAAUCAGAUCUUAAAAGACCAUCUGAUUGAUGAACUGGACUAUGUAUUGGUUCCAGCCGAAGCGUGGAACAAAUUGGUCAACUGGUAUGGUUGCAUUGAAGGGCAACAACCUAUUGUCAGAAAAGUGGUGGAACAUGGCUUGUUUGUCAAGCAUUGUAAAGUGGAGGUUUAUCUGCUGGAACUGAAGCUCUGUCAAAAUAGUGACCCUACAAAUUUGCUACGUUGCCAGUUCAGCAAAGCAGACACGAUAGCCACAAUUGAGAAGGAAAUGCGGAGAUUGUUCAACAUUCCCAAUGACAAAGAAACCAGAUUAUGGAAUAAGUAUAUGAGUAAUACCUAUGAACAGCUCAACAAGCCAGACAACACCAUACAAGAUGCUGGUCUUUAUCAGGGGCAGGUUCUGGUGAUUGAAUUACAAAAUGAAGAUGGUACUUGGCCCAGACAGACAAUUCAGUCAAAAUCAAGCACUACAACUAGCAAAAAUCUUACUACUACCUCUCCAAAAUCACCACCAGCUUAUUCCCCCGAGUCUGCUCCUCCCAUUACAAACGGUGAUAGCAUUAAACCUUCUGGAGUGGUCAGUUCCAGUCUCAGCCGGGGAGCUUCUGACUUCUCCAAUUCCUACAAUUGCCUGGAUUCUGAUCCUCAUAUCCAUCCUGGACUAUGUGGCCUCGGGAAUCUGGGCAAUACCUGCUUCAUGAAUUCCGCUUUGCAGUGUUUAAGUAACACCGCACCUUUGACUGAGUACUUUCUGAAUGAUAAAUAUGAGGCGGAAAUCAACCGUGAUAACCCUCUUGGAAUGAAAGGUGAAAUUGCAGAGGCUUUUGCACAGCUUAUUAAGCAGAUGUGGUCUGGGCGGAAUGCUCAAGUGGUCCCCCGCAUGUUCAAGACCCAAGUUGGCCGUUUUGCCCCUCAGUUUUCCGGCUACCAGCAACAAGACUCUCAGGAAUUAUUAGCUUUCCUUCUGGACGGACUACAUGAGGAUCUGAACCGGGUUAAAAAGAAGCCUUAUUUAGAACUACAAGACGCCAACGGCCGGCCUGAUUUGGUAGUGGCAAAAGAAGCCUGGGAUAAUCACAGACUGCGGAAUGACUCCGUUAUAGUGGACACUUUUCAUGGUCUUUUCAAAUCCACAUUGGUUUGUCCACAAUGUUCUAAAAUUUCAGUCACUUUUGAUCCAUUCUGUUAUUUAACUCUUCCGUUACCUUUGAAGAAAGAUCGCACUAUGGAAAUCUUCUUGGUUUCGGCAGAUCCACAUUGCAGGCCCACCCAGUACCGUGUGACUGUGCCAGUGAUGGGAUCAGUCUCAGACCUUUGUAGGUCUCUGUCGAAACUCUCUGGCAUCCCUAUUGAAAACAUGUUGGUCACAGAUGUGUAUAAUCAUCGGUUCCACAAAAUCUUCCAGAUGAGUGACGGUUUAAAUCACAUCAUGCCUCGGGAUGACAUCUUUGUAUAUGAAGUUUUCAGUUCAACAGAAGAUGGUUUUGAAUGUGUCACAUUCCCAGUUUACUUCAGAGAAAAGAGAAGCCGACAAGCCAGCACUUCUUCUGGGACAAUUCUGUAUGGCCAGCCGCUUAUAAUUUCUGCCCCAAAGCACAAACUCACCCAUGAGUACCUUUACCAGCUCAUCUGUGAACGAAUCAGGCAACCCUUUCAAACUUUUCAAGGAGGAGUCCUGAGGGUAUCCGGGUGCGGCUACCAGAGUGAUCAUCUGGCAUGUCUACACACCUUCGGAGAACUCAGGUUACGCCGCUACAUAAAGUAUCCUCUAAUGGAAGACUCUUCUGGUCACCUCAUGGCCAGCGGAACCUGCAAUGGCUCGAGUGGAACCUUCGAUGUAGAAGAGAUGGAGCACCAGAAUGAAGACAGAGCUACAGUGACUUGUUCGUUUGAAGGCCCUGUGGAGGAAAAAUUAGGAAACGACCCUUCUAGAUAUAUGUCGAAGAAGAUUACGGGCCAGAUGCACAAAAAGAAACUUUUCAGCUUCAGCCUUGUGAAUUCUUAUGGAACUACCGACAUCAGCUCUCUGGCAGCGGAUGGAAAACUUCUGAAAUUGAAUUCUCGCUCCACUAUUGCCAUUGAUUGGGAUUCAGAAACCCGGUCUCUGUACUAUGAUGAACAGGAAUCAGAGGCCUAUGAAAAAGAUGGGAGUAUGCUUCAACCUCAAAAGAAAAAGAAAGCUCCAGUGGCCCUUAGAGAUUGUAUAGGCCUCUUUACUACAAUGGAAACACUUGGGGAGCAUGAUCCCUGGUAUUGUCCCUACUGUAAGAAGCAUCAACAAGCCACUAAGAAGUUCGACCUCUGGUCCUUGCCAAAGAUCUUGGUGGUUCAUCUAAAACGUUUCUCAUAUAACAGAUAUUGGAGAGAUAAACUUGAUACCCAAGUUGACUUUCCCAUAAGGAACCUGUGUAUGUCCGAAUUCAUUUGUGACCCUGCCGCAGGCCCUUACAUAUACGACCUUAUUGCUGUGUCCAAUCACUAUGGAGCCAUGGGAGUCGGCCACUAUACUGCAUAUGCAAAGAACAGACUGAAUGGCAAAUGGUACUACUUUGAUGAUAGCAACGUAUCGUUGGCCUCCGAAGACCAAAUUGUGACAAAGGCAGCGUACGUGUUGUUUUACCAACGCCGGGAAGUAGAGUUUUGCAAAACACCCUCCUCACUCCCAGGUUUUCCCGAGGGGACACUUAGCUUUCAACGGAACCGGGAGGAGGAAGUGGAGGAUGACCUUUGUAGCAUGGAUACCAACUAAAGCUGCCUGCAGACCACCCACCUCCUUAGACUACUGUUGGAAAUGCAUCGGGAACAUCUCUUGAUGUUCUUGCUGCCCAGAUGCACAAAUUGCCACCCAUGAGGGAAAGUACUGUUAUUUGGUUUGGGUUAUAGAUCAACAAAAGACCCGUGAAUGUUCAUCAGCAGUUGUGUGUGGUUGUAUUAUUAUUUUUUUUUUUUAAAAGGAAAAUGUUUGCGACCAUUGUGUUGAUGCUCUGGAGAUCGGACCUGGGAAAGGUGUAAUGGAAAACAAAUUCUGUUGAGUGGGGGAACAAAAGAGAAGGGGAGUUCGGCUGAUAAACUCCAAGUAACUCUUUUUUCACGCACCCAGAAAGCGUAGGCUCUCUGGUCUACCAAAUCACAUGUCAGUGCUCCCAGAUAUCUGCUUCACCAUUUUUGUUCACCAGCCAUUACAGGAGCCUGUCCCAAAGUCAAUGCUACAGUGAGAACUCAACCACCUUCGAAGUCUCCCCUUGUUGUGCACUGCACCGAGUUAAUGCUUCUUAAAAAUAUCAACUCCCAAAGCACUUUAAAAACAGAAAUCAAAAGUGAUUUACAGGUGUUAGAUCCCUCUGGCAAUUUAGAGUUGACAGCACUUGAAUGCUGCUGUUUUCCAAUAAAUGUGGAUUUGGGUUGGGUUUUUUUUAAUCCUUUAAUCUCCAUUUUCCUCAUCCCUCAAAGUUGAAGUACCUUUAACUAGUUUGUUUUUCCACCAGGCUCACUUGUGACUUGUCAUUAUUCAUUCAUUGGGGAAGCAGCAUGGCCUAGUGGAAAAAGCACGAG